UGCGACUAUGCAAGCACGGUCAUACAGCUGGGCGAAAAGUGAACAAUUGAAGCUGCGAUUUAAUUGAAUUGAGAGCAAUUGCUGCGCUUAGCAGAGGAGCCGCUUGACAAUGCAGGUGUGAUCCGCAGGCCGGGCGCAGAUGCACAGCAGCAGGAUGCACUUUUCCAUACCGGACACCCAGGAGCUGGGCUCCUCGCCCACCUACACGGCGUACAACAUACACAUCAACGGCAUCCACCACUGCGUCCUGCGCUACAAACAGCUGCACUCGCUGAACGAGCAGCUGCGCAGGCACUGUGUGGGCGUCCCCCUGCCGCCCUUUCCACCCAAGCGCUUGCUGCCGCUCACCAAUGGCCAACUGGAGGCGCGUCGCAGCUCCCUGGAGCAGUACCUGCAGGCGGUGGGCCAGGACAAUCGUUUGGCCCGUUCCGCCCACCUGCAGCAGUUCCUGCAGCGCGCCCAACUGGAUACGGCCCUGGCCGAGGACCAGGUGGCCACCGAUUGUGAGGAACAGCAGCUGGAGGUACAGGUCUACACGAAUCCUGCGGGCGAACGCAUCCUGGUCAGUUGCUCUGUGCAACAGAACGCCAGUGCGCUGCUCAAGAGCGUCUGCCGGGAGCUUCAGCUACCCGAGGAGCUAGUGCGUUUCUUCUGCCUGUUCUUAGUGCGGCGGCAGAAGAAAUCCGGCGAUUUGCACCUGGUGCGACGCCUCAUGGACUUCGAGUCGCCGUAUAUAACGCGUCUGCAGGUACAGCCCUGCGAACUGCUGCUCCGUACCUGCUACUGGGACUCCAGUAGAGACGCAAAGCUGACCGGAAGCAAGGUGGCAUUGAACUUGCUCUACAACCAGACUGUGGCGGACGUGAACCGCGAGUGGGUGGUCAUCUGUACGCCCGGCGAGGGUCGCCAACUGAACAGCCUGCAGCUGCACGGAAGAGCGCGUGAGUACAUGGACCUGGUGCGUCAGUUGCCCUCCUACGGAUGCCUGCAGUUCGAUGAAGCGCAGGUGGACUAUCCUGAACCGAACACAAUGGCGCUAAUCAGCAUUGGCAACAAGGAGUUGGCACUACGCACGGCACGUGGCGUUAAGAUCUACGAGACAAAGUUCCGGGUGACUAGGAUGCGCUCUUGGCGCGUCAGCGUCACGCACAACACGCUUGAAUCCCGGCUACAACCCACGCACCUUCAGCUGGCCUUUGAGUAUCUGAUUGGCAAGCAGACGCUGCGCUGGAUAACCAUUAACAGUGAGCAGGCCAUGCUGAUGUCCGUAUGCCUGCAGGCCAUGGUCGACGAGCUGUUGCAGCGAGGCGGUGGCAGCGGAAAGGAUCAUAACAGCGACGAGGAGCAGGAGCUGAACGUAGUCACGCCGUCCUUAUCAACGCCUAGCUCAACGUGUUCUACGUCGACGUGGGCAUCCUCAUCGUGCUCUACGUCCACUGCGCCCACAACGCCGCCAGUUAGGUUUCUGUCCGAGGACUCGGCGCCCAGAUCCAAGGCCAGGCUGACCACCUCGCGCACCUUCGGAGCCGUAUUCUUCCGCAACGACGUGGUGGACAAUGGAGCACGUGUGGCCAACGGGGCGUUCGAGGGCAUCGGCGACGAUGAUCUAUGAGUGUGCUAAAGAAACGAUUGCCGUGAGUUGCCAAAACUAGUCCUUUUUCUGAAGAAAAAGGAGCGCCAAACUAUUUAGAAAGCUUAACUCAUUCGACUAAGGUUGAAGAUUUUAUAUAUGUGUAAUAGAAAAGACUACUAUCUCUGCUACUUGCAAGUGAACAAUGUGGGAUUUGCGCAAAAAAAGUUUUAUUGGAUGAAGGCGUUAAAGUGUGGUGUAAAGAAUUGAAUGCUCAAGAUGAAUGGCACGUUUUACCAUCAUUAUUUAGAUCUACGUGUUGAACUAUUGUAAAUGAUGUGUAAAUGGAAACUGGACGGAUACUUUUAUCUCUUUUAUUAUUUCUUGUAUUGUAAUAUAUGUACGUGAAACUUUCUUUACUUUAGAGAUAGUUGAAAAUAUGUUAUGCAUUUUACAAAAAUAAAUGUACUGAUGACUAAAAUCUAAACAAUGAAAUAUGAAUGUACAUUCCCUUAUCUGUUGACUCACUUCCAAAUAAAUGACGAAAAUGUUUUGACCUAAA